AUGAGCCAAGGCCAUGUUAUCAUCGUCGGAGCCGGCGUCAUCGGUCUCAGCAUCGCAGUCAAACUAUCCAAAUACUCGAAAGUCACCGUCAUCGCGAGAGAGUUACCGGGAGACGUUGGCAUUGACUACGCCUCCCCAUGGGCAGGGGCACAUUUUCGCCCCACCCCCGCAAAAACAGAAGACGAACAUAUAGAACAGAACUGGAUGCGACAAACCUACCAAGAAUUCGAGGAGAUCGCCAAACAUCACCCGGAGGCCGGCGUGGAUUUUAUUCCUGCGGUCGAAUAUUUCGACUCGGCCGACCCGACCUCGUUCCUAGCAGAAGCAAAUGGCUACACGACAUGGCCGGACUUUCGUAUUCUCCACCCUGCAGAAUACCCCCCUCAACAUCCGUCUAUCCAGUUAGCCGUUACCUACCGCAGCUGGGUUCUGAACUCGCCGGUUUAUUUAAGGUGGUUACAGACGCGGGCUGAGGCGCAAGGCACUCGGUUCAUUCGAGCCCAUUUGACGAACCUAGAACAGUGCUUGUCUGUCUAUCGGAAGGAGAAAUCCCAGGACGAGAGCGAUCGUGUUUCGGCUGUUGUCGAUGCAAGUGGGAGGGGAUUUGAUGAUCCCGCCUCCUUCCCCUCGCGGGGUCAGUUCAUUAUCGUCUCGAAUUACUGUGAUAGAACUAUCAGUCAUCAUUGGAGUGAUGGUUCCUCUACGGUCAUUAUACCCCGACCUCUGGGUGGUGGGACUGUCAUUGGUGGGACGAAGGAGCCUAAUAACUGGUCUGAGGAUAUCGAUGAUGCUUCAACCGAGGCCAUUUUAAGGAGGGUGAGAGAUCUCUGUCCUGAGAUGGUUUACGAACAGGCGGAUGGGCUGCCUUCGACGAAUGGGUUUGUUAUAAAGCAAGUGGCACUUAGUCGACCGUGCUAA